AUGGCCGGGUACCGGCGCACCAUCUCGUUCCCGGCCCCGAAGCCCGCGGCGGACGCCUUCAUCGCGCUGGCGGCCGCAAGCGACAAGCUGGCCGCGUACCGCGUCCGCUCGGCCAGCCUCCCCUGCCGCUUCCACCCGCUGCUGCUGCAGCUCGACGACGACGUCGCCGCGCUGCGCCUCGUGACCGGCCAGUCCCCGCCAUGCGGCCCCUCCGCGGGGGCGCCGCCCUCGGCGUCGUCCGUGUCCGCCGCGGCGUCGCAGGUGGGGCGGGUCCUGGUCUCGCUCUCCGAGCUGCUGCGCCACCCGCAGGCGCAGGACCCGCUGCGCCGCCUGGCGCGGUCGCGGCUAGCGGAGCGGCUCCUCGACGACUUCCUCCGCCUCGCCGACGCGCACGGCAGCUUCCGCCAGGCGCUCGUCGCGCUCGCGUCGCUCCAGGCCGAGACGCGCGCCGCGCUGCGCCGGGGGGACCCCGCCAGGCUCGCGUCCGCGUCGCGCGCGCAGCGACGCGCCGGCCGCGACCUACCGCGCCUCGCGGCCGCCGUGCGCGCCGUGGCCGGCAGGAGCCCCGAGUCGCUCCCCGAGGGCCUCCCCGCCGACACCGCGGCGCUCGCGGCCGCGGUCGCCGACGCCACCGUCGCCGUCGCCUCCGGCUCCGCGGCCGUCUUCUCCGGCCUGUCCUCGCUCUCCAACUCCGCCGCGUCCGCCCGCGUCGAGGUCGCCUCCACGCCGUGCUGGGCCACCGCCCCUGCGAGGCUCGCCGGCUCGUCGGACGCGCCGGGAACCAGCCGCCACCGCAUAUGGUGGGUGGCCGACCUCGUGCGUUGGAUGUCGCGCGCCAAGCGGCGGUCCGCCGAGAAGCAGAACGGCGGCGACGACGAGGACGAGUCCUCCACCGUCCAGCUCCGGUCCGAGGCCCGCAUGAAGCCUGAGGAGCGGGCGCGGAGGGCAGCAUUGGAGCUCCACGAGAACUUGGAGCGGUGCAUCGCCAGCGUCGACGGCAGCGGCGAGAAGGUGUUCCGAGCACUGGUCAACACCAGAGUGUCCUUGCUCAACAUCCUGAGCCCGAGCUUCUGA